GGAACAAAUGCAUUACGGAUAUAAAAGAAGAAGUAGACAAACUGAAGAAAAUAAAAGUAACAUUCGAAGGAAGAUGCCCACUAACAAAAGAUCGAAUACAAAUUCGUUUUAAAGAAAUGUUGCCCAGCAGAGGGAGAAUUAGCAUUUUCUUGAAUGCAGCGCGGUCGAGUUAUGCUCAACGUUUGACAGAUCAUUGUAAAGUGGGGAUCGCGCACAGUCGAGAUGAAGCUUAUUUUCACAUGUCGCAAUAAUGAAGAUGAAUGGUUGAAAAGUUAUCAAAUACAGAUGAAGGCUAUUGCAGAUGAUCACUAUGUUGCCACGUGGCCGUUUCUCUCAUGGACAGCUUACAAAAAUUUCCAAUUCGGCCACCAUGCAGGUCGCGUUGCAUUCUGUUGCCCCCCACAAAGAAUGAAUCAAAUUUUUCAGGGUGCAAGUCCAACUGUUGCGAAAAAGAGAUACAGAGAUCACAACACAAGUGUUUUACAGAGAGCACCAAAGGACCGCCUUUUAAAAAUGAAAUUGUCGGAUGGAUGGGAACCUUUGUGUAAAUUUCUCGGAAAGCCUAUUCCAAGCGAGCAAUUUCCACAUAAAAAUAAAAAAGGAUCAUCGAUGGAGGAAUUCGUUAACGAAAGCCCGUUUGCUCGACAAAUCAAAAGAGAAGUGUUCAUAACGAAGAUUGCCAUUUCAGUGUUAUUAGCUGUGGUUGCUUUCUUUUUCAGCAAGUCAUUUUUCUGAAAGAUGUCACAGAAAUGGAUUUGAAAUCAUCCUGGGACAUAUCUAUUUCAGUAGCGGAGUUACAAUUUUCAAAAUGGUUUCAGUUAAAUACCUAUUUUUGUCUAGAGAAUUUAUUUAGAAGGAUUUGAGAAUAAAUGUUGCAUAAC